AUAGGUAAGGGGGGCUAGAUACUAGGGCAACCGAGGGGGUCAGGAAGAUAGGCAUCAAGGUAACAGGUGGGAGGGAAUAGUUACCAGAGCGGUGGAGAGGGCAGAAGGGUAGUUAUCAAGGUAAGAGAGAGGGGUAAUUUCUAGGAUAACUGGGGAGGAGGGCAGAAGGGUAGUCCCUCAGGGCAACUGGGAGCAGAGCCAUGGUAGACCUUCCAGGUUGCGCCUCCAUUUGCAAAAAGGUCCAGUGGCUAGAGUAAUGGGGCUUGCUUGACUUUUUUUGCAAAUGGGGAGAGGGCAUCGCUUUUCUUUGAGAAGCUUUGGAGAUGGACGGUGCUGCCCCAUGCCUGUGAAUGCCAGCAGAGGCUUAGGUUCCUCAGUUUGCAAGCCCUACUGUGAGCAUGUUUGUUUGGAAGGGCGGCCCCAGUGACUGUAGAGCCCGGGGAUCCAUUUCUCAUCCUUAAACCUGCUCGGAUCGGAUUAGGAUGCUGAAAUAAGCGGGGCUCCACCUUUGGUUCUCGGUUCAGGCGGAUGACCUCUCCUCGCGCUUGGGAGCUUCCGGGUUACCAGCGGCUGAAGCAUCAUGACCUGCUCUCACAAUGUGGUUUUCCUCUUGGACACGGCGGAUUCCGCCGAGAAAGAUCACCUUCACCUGGCCGCCUUGAGGAUCUUGAACUUCCUGGGUUGCAAGUUUGGUCUGGCUAAGGUCCGAUGGGAUUUCAAAUUCUUUGACUCCAUGAGAAUCCGUGGCCGGGCUUCGCGAGUAGGCAGUUUCCGGGAGCUUGGGUCCCGCAGCUGGGAAGACUUUGAGGAAGAGCUGGAGGCCAGGUUCGGGAAGCAGCUCUGCCCUCCGUGCUCACCGGGCCCGACGCCACGAUCCACCGUCACUCGGAACAUUCUGAAAGAAACCCUGCUGGACUAUCAGUGGGACCGCCCUGAAAUAGUCUCUCCUACCAAACCAGUGCUGAGGAGCCAGAAAAACAAAUUAACGGUGAUUGUGGACAAUCCUCCAGAGCAAUCCACUCACGCGGGCUUUGCUAAUGCCAUUUUCGUCUUAUCUCCCUGCCCUCAUUCCCGGAGGGAACUAUGGCAAUUUAUAUCUGGGAUCUACGCUCCUUUGCCAGAAGAACUGCCUCCUUCGCAUGACCUGGCUGAAAAAUUCCUCCCUAAGGGAAUCCAAGACAUGAUGGUCAGUCAUAAGGUCACUCUGUAUUGGAUGGACACCACUGAAUGGUCCAAGCUUCUUGAUCCCCCCGAUCACGUUGGCUACCUCACGUUGCUUGAAGUGAUGCGCAUUCUGGGAGGCACCAUUUUGCCCUCGGAGGUCUUAACGCAGCAUUUAGAUCAUCAGAAAAAAAGGACCAUCCAUUCAUCUUCUGAUCUUCCAUCGUUCACUCCUUGGACUAAACUGCUGCCUUUGGAUUCCGCUUUGAACGGCUUGUUUUCCUCACGUUCUUCUUUACAAACGUCCUUCCCAAAUCUGGAUGGAGUCCUGCUCCUGAAGGCGGAUGGAAAAGAAGCAGCCCGGAGUUGCGCUGUGGUGCUGGAGCCCUUAACUUUGAACCAGACGCACUUCGAAGGGACAGUCACGAUACAACUUAAAGGCACCAUGACAGACUGGAGGUCAGCGCCCGUUAGAAAUCUUCACACGGAGAGCUGGACACUCCAGAGCAAGCCCUUGGGACCUUCGGCUCGAGAGAUUCGUUGGUUCCAGCAGUUUGUAAAAUAUAUUCUGGCUCAAGGACUUCAUAUGGUCGCUGAAGUGACAUUUUCAUCCGGAGCUCAUUCUCCUUGUACCGGAGUUUUCUCCCCCAUCUCUGGCACCACUGCGCUUCUUUCUCUGCUCUUUGCUGAAGAAGUGGCAGAAGCUGAAGGGUCCCUCCUUCAGCCCUCUCCUGUGGCAGAGAACUUUUCCAAGGAGGAGGACUUCUGUUUGCCAGAAGUCGUGAGCAGCGUGCUACGUCAAGUUAUGGAGGACUCAGACGAAGACCACCAAGCAAGUCCUGAGAGUUUAUGUCCAGGAUGGGUCCAGCAGGAGCUUUUCUGUACUCAAACCUGGAGUCCUGCAGUCCUUGAGGAUUGGUACAGUGUGUCAAAUCUAUGUGGUGCAAGCUCACGCUUGAUGGAAUCAUUCAGGGUGCUGCAAGCAAGUUCUACUCAAAACGAAGAGGAACCCCCCAAAUCAGAAGCGGAGCUGAGACAAUCCCUAGCAGAAUUUUACCAGAAAAAAGUUUCUGAGCAUAGAGUUUCAUCUCACACCCGAGAUCAGAAAAAGAGAUGCGCGGUUCCCCGGACACCCAUUAGGCGGAAGAUGAAAACCAUGCCCCGUUCUCUUCAGAUGCUGAACACUGCCAUGUUCAACGUGAAAGCUCAGAAACACCAGCCAGAGGGAGAGCUGCCAGUGCAUAAAAAGCCACGCCAAAGACUGCUCUCCAGAAAAUUGGACGGCAAAGGAGAAGGAAACGGAAGGAAACGGAAAAGCAAGAUAAACUUCAGUACCGAAGAUGAAAUGCUUUCUUACCUCAAUGCAAACUACCAGAACGCUGUGAUGGACGGAGAAAAUUUGUUUGCACGUUCUCAAGAUAUGGUGACAGCUGUUAAUACGUUUCAGAACUCCAGUGAGGCAACUUGUCUAGACACGAUCCAAAGACAUCUCCUGAAGACCACCAACACUCUUCGUCAACAACUUGCCGCUGAUCCUGAUAAAGAAACCGGGAUCAAAGAGUGCCGACUUCAGGUGUAUUUGCGCCUGGAGAUGUGCCUGCAACAUUCUUCUUUGCAAAAUAACACAGACAGAAUGGAGCAGCUUGUGCAAGAGAUGACGGAGUUACUUAGGAUGCUGUGCUUGAAUAAAGAUCCAGGAUACCUCAGCAGUUUUUUGGAAGAAGUUGUAGAUAUAUAUCUGGAAUCUAUGCCCAAGACUCUUGGUGAUUUGUACUACAGUCUGGGAACGGAGAUUCCCGCUAAGUUAGCUUCCGUCCUCCCAACGGAUUUCUUUAGCGAUGAUUCCAUCACUGAGGAGACACAGAGUGUGUCCCUUCCUGCUUCUGCCGCCUCCCUUCCACUUUCUAAAGCAGCUUCUUUAAGCGCUGAAGCAGACGAGCUGGAAGAACUGCGCACCCGAUCUGCCAAGAAACGAAAGCAUCCGUUAGCCAGACAUAGGAGUAUCACAGAAAUGUCACAGAAUUUACGCCAAAUAGAAAUUCCUCAAGCAUCGUGGAACCACAGGAGAAAGGACACCUCUCAUGGGGCCCUGGAUGCCAAACUAGCACCCAUUUCCAAGAAAAUGGGAGUACAAGAAGUGACAAAGGUGAGAAGAAAUCUUUUCAAUGAAGAAACUCUACCUCUGGGGAAAAGUUCCUUACCAAAGAUGGCUCGGAGCCAGUCAGUUUCCAUUUUAGAAGAUCUAAAACAUAAACGCAGCAGAUCUAAGGAAGAUAUUAGAGCUCAUCACAAGUUAUUGACCAAAAGAGUGGCAGAAACCCCUCUGCACAAGCAGAUGUCCAGGAGGCUGCUGCAGAGGCAGAUUACAGGCCGGUGUUCGGAUCCUGGGUCUGAUGUUGGCAUUGUAGAAGAAUCUCCUGAAAAAAACAUAACCUAUGGUUUAAGAAGAAGUCCGCGGAUCAAGCAAUUGAUGCAGGAUAAAUUUCUCUCCAGCAACAUCCGCUCCCUAGAGCCAAACCAGAAGAACACACCACAAGUGCCUUCUGCACAUCUGGAAGAACCAGGUCUGGCUUCACCUCCCGUAAAAGCCCCCCAAUCUCCAAAGAGUAUACUUUUUGGAGAAGUUUUCGGUGGAUUUAGUUUGGGGAGAACGAGCUCUCCCCAAACGAGAAGAAAACAACUCACCUUUGAUGAGCCUGUUCCUCAGGCACCAGGGAAGAGUUAUUUUCAGUCUUCCCAGGAGCUCUUAAAUCCCAAAGGCAGCACGCUGAGAAGAUCUCCUCGGAUUCAAGAAAAGGCACGACGGACUCCCCAGAAAACUCCAGCCCUUAAAAACUCUGUGGCCAAAUGUUUGGGAAAUCUUUUCUCCCCUGUGAGACAGAAGAGCAAAUCCUUGCCUAUAUCCACUGAAAACCAGGAAUCCUGUCUGCCUUGGAUUGCGGAGAAGAAGAACGGGGAUCCUUCCUCACCCAAGGCAGCAGAACUCCAAACUCCAGAGAAACCACCGCUCUCUGACGUGCUGGAUGACGUGUUUGCUUUGCCUGCAGAUGGUCCCGAUUCGCCCAUCAUUCUGUCGUCUCCUUCAUCCCCGUUUGUUCUUCAGGGGAAGCCGUACUCAGAACUGCAAUCCCCAAGGCUUUCCUUGAGAAUCGCGCCCCCAGUAAUGCCUAUGGUUUCGGCUGAGAACCGGACGUUUGAGAUACGAAGAAAUACCUGCCCUGAGCCAGUCUCAUCUGUGGACUUCCCCUCGCUGUUGACAGGAGCAUCCUCUUCAGCCUUCAAAGAUGCUCAUCCAGAACUGGGUUUGACACAUAUCCAGAACAGUCCGAAUAUUAGGACCGAAUCCGCUUCAGAGAUUCGUUCUGCUUUCCAAUCAGAUGGUAUCCCUUCAUCCUGUAAUGGGUCUGCAAAAGCUGGGAGCCCUUGCACACUUUUUCCAACUAGGGAAAAGCUGGGGAGAAACUCUUGCAGUCCCCAAGAAACACAGAGUGUCCGAAAGACCUCCCCCAUAAAAACCCUGGGCUCCCUUCCUUCCUUGCCCAGAGAGGAACAUCCCUCUAUGGGCACUAGAAGCUUUGUGGCUGAAACCAACCCCUUUAUUAAACCUGGCAAUACGGAGGAUGCUUCACUGGAUCAGAGACCUGAACCAACAACUAAAAUAAUAAGUCCAACUAAGAGGAAGGGUUUAGAGAGACGCCUGUCGCCUACCUUCUCUUCCAAUAAUCCCAUGCACUUUGCGCAUGCCGUAGUAUUGUGCGAAAAACUGGAUCUCAGCAAGUCUCUUUCAGAUGGUUCUCCUGUAGAUCCAGGCUCUAGGAGUAGCCUUUCUUCAGCAGAGGACGCUGCAGGUGGGCAGCCUCUGCUCUUCACAAGUCCUCCCAGGCGAGAUCUGGACUCCCCGCUUGCAAUCUCAAAGCCAGGGUCUGGCGCCUAUGCGUUGCGCUGCACCGCCGACAGAAGGCAACGGGAAGCCGCCGCACGGCUGGAGAAGGAAGAGAAGGCGGCCUCCUCUCAAAGUCUCGGGGCCACAGCUACGCCGCUGACCUAUGAAGUUGAGCUUGAAAUGCAAGCUUCUGGUUUGCCAAAGCUCCGCAUCAGAAAAGUGGCUUCCGAGGUCGCACAGCGGCCUCUCAAUUUGUCUGACAAACUCAAGGGGGAGGAAAAUGAUCGCGCUGUGGGGGACGUUUCGGUGGCCUGGUGUAGUAGGCACCUGGAGAAAUUGGAACCCGUCUCCAUCUCGCCAUCCUGCGUUCGCUCUGCCCACAACACCCCUGGGAAGUUUGGGAUGGGCGGGCAGACUUAUAUAUGCCAUUCCUAUUCACCCACCACUCUCUGUACCUCAUCUACAACUUCCCCUUCCCAGGGCAGCGCCGGCAUCCCUUGGACCCCGUCUCCGAAACGUAAAGGGAAGGUUACCCCCGAGGCCAUCAAAGAUUGGCCGCGAAGGAAAAGGGCCACAGUGGGCUACAGCAGAAGCGAAAGGCUGGCAGAAGCCGUUGGAGAAGAGCCAGCCCCACCUCCUGGGGCCAAGGAAGCAUCAGAACUCUUCAGUAGCAGAAAGGUUCGGCUCCUGAGAGACCCAGAACUUGAAGGAAUUGAUAAGCUUCAAGAUGGGAGUGAUACAGAAGGCAAUAAGGACGAGAACAUCUUCAGGAACACUCUGGUGCUAGAGUCUAGAAAAAGGGCUCAGGAGCAGAGAGCACUGGGUGAGGAGGCUAGCCAGGAAACGAAAAGGCCAUGCCUAGCAAAAGAGAACCCCGGAGCAGCUCAACUCUACUCAACUGAACUGCUGAGCAUGGGAGAACAGACGGUAUCCUCAAAGUCAACGAUCUUGGAGGACAUCUUCAACUUCUCAGAUACGACUCCACCCAAAUCUUCAGGAAACUGUGUGAUCUCUGCUAGUGGCCUUUGGGCCCUGGAACAGUCCCCUCUCCUCUACAAAGGCCCUGCUGCAACCCAAAGGAAGUGCCCCAAAGGGGAAGACCAGGAUACAUUUGGAGCUGUGUACGAGGACUUCUCUCUUUUCCGCAGCACGCCGGCUAGAAAGAGAUCCAUUACCAGGACCUACUCACGAAAAAGGCCACUCUGCUGAAACGAGAUGGCCGGUGGGAAUAUUUUGGAGCCAGACCUUCAACCUCUCCAGGACAAACUUUGCAAUCCAAAUCAGGAUUCAGUCACCAAAAGGCAUCGCUUGUGUGUGGCUGAUAGCAAUUCCUUGCUGAAUUCCAAGAAGAGGAGAAAUGAAUUCUGUAUUUCAGGGGGUCUCCAAGCUUGGCCCCUUUAAGACGUGUGGACUUCAAUUCCCAGAAUUCUGGGCGUUGAAGUCCACAAGUCUUAAAGGGGCCAAGCUUGGAGACCCCUGCUGUAUUUUAUAUAGGUUUUUUUAAAGUAAGGGCUAUGCCACUGUAUGGCCUUUGCAAGGUUUUAAGAGGAAUGUCCAGAACUGAGAGCAGUAAAAGCAACCACUUUUAAAUUGUUCUUUUGUAAAAUAAAUUAAUUUCUUUUGACAAA